CCAGCCCUCUUGCGCCUCGGCCUGGCCCCCUGCAGCUCCCGGGCCGGCUGCAGGGGAUGGAAUGGCCCAGGGCCUUCUGCUGGCGCUGCUGCUGACGCUGCCCCCGCCGCCCGCUGCGGCGUGGCCCUGCGCAGCGGGCGGAGGAGCGGCCGCCGCCCAGCGGGGCGCAGGCCUCCAGGUGCGGGGCGGCAGCGCCCGCACGGGCGAGCCGCGCUCGGACGCCCCGCCAGAUGCGGCCCCUGGCGCGCGAAGGGCCCUCGCCGCGGGCGCGGCGGCCGCCCUCGUCGGCCUCGCGGCCUCGGGCGCCCGGGGCUCCCAGGCCGCGGGCGGCGGAGCCCACCCAUGCCGCGCGUGCGCCGCGGGGGCGCGCGCGGCUGGAACAAGCUCCGCGCCGGAGAUGGGCGCCGGUGCGUCGAGCAUCAAGGGGCUGAGCGUGCAGCAGGUCAUCGAGCUGAUCGCGGAGUACUUUCACAGUCGGAACUUCACUGUGAAGAGCGCCUUCUCCUUCCUCGACAGAGACGACUCGGGCUCCCUUGUCUUCGAAGAGUUCUUGCGCGGCUUCCGCCUGUGCACGGAGGGCAUGGGCGCGGACGACGACUAUCCGCCAGAGGUGCUGAAGCCGAUCUUCUCGCUCUUCGACAUCAACCAGGAUGGGAACCUGAGCAUCGAGGAGUUCGUCCAGGCGUUCUGCCCGAAGACCGGCUACGGCACUACCUACUACGACUGUGAGUUCUACAGCCGGGCCAGACAGACACCAGGCAGCUUCUCGUUCAUCUCGCCCGCCACCGAGAGCUCGCAGAUGAAGGAGCAACGCUUCAGAGACGAGUUGUUCAUGCGAGUUGCUUCGGCCAUAAAGCGACUGGGAUACUCCAACCUCAAGCUCUUUGAGGAGGUCGACGUGAAUGGGAGUGGCGACCUGACUCGAGAGGAGGACAUGCCCGACCCUACCCUGCCGGACUGGGCGGCGAUCCUGGAGGGGCCCCAUCGGGACCCCCGCGGAAGGGGGGUGGGGCAGGCGGCAGGCGGCCUCAGCGUUGCUGCCGGAGGCUCUUCGCUACCUGAGCUCUUACACGCCAGUUCUUGA